CCAUCGUUAACAGCUGAUUGUUCUUUGGUUUCUUUUUUUUUAAUAUCUGUUUAAUUUUGUGUGUACGAUGUCUGGACAAUGGGAAGUGGUAGGAAGCAAGAAAAACAAGCAGAGCAAGUUACCGGUGCCGAAAGGCAGCGAAAAGCAAGAUUCAAAAAAUAAAAAUUCUGUAAACGGCGUUAAGAUCGAAGAAGUCCUUCCCAAGUCCCAAGUACAAAAUAUUUAUGGGAAUGCAAAGAACAUUAAAGACAACAGCAAACCAAAAGAGAAAUCCAAACCUCAGGAGGUCAAAAAACCGCAAAAAAAAGCUGAAAAAUCUCAGGAACCAACUAAACCUAAACCUCCCAAAUCUAUUGAAAGUGCACUUAAUUCAAUUAAUGUAGAAGAGUUCAAGAGCAUAUUUGAGAAAAGUAAAAACUUAUAUCCUGACACCCCUAUUGUAUGGCUUAAGGAGCUAGUGCAGUUCUUAAAUCAUAAAAUGCCAUUGGAAUUAUCUGACCCAGUGUUUGGCAACAAAUCUGCUGGUUUUCCUACUAGUGUAAUUCCAGCACCCAUAAGGUUAAUAAUUGAGAAAUCAGUGACUGAAGCUGGUAGAAGUAAUGCUCAAUUAUUUUUUGACAUCGCUUUAACUUCAAUGGCCACUGAUAUGGGCAAAGGAUUACCAGCUGUUGGCUGGAGAUUCUUUUUGCAACAUAUUGCCCUCAAUGAGCCAAAAUUAGUUACUGCCAAUAUUAACAAACAUAUUAUUCUCAGAAAUUCAUAUCAAAACAGGUCAAAUAUUGGUUUGUCAAUAUUCUGGGCAGUUGGUCAAGUGGGGCUUAGUGACUGGGAGUGUGGUUUAAAAGUAUUCAACGAGCUGAUGGUACCAUUGGUGGAAAUGAAAGCAUACUCUCGGUUUGUCGUGAAAUAUUUAGCUGAUUUAAUUGAGUCACACCUUGAAGAUUUGGAACUUCGAGAUGAGGAGUAUUUCUCUGUAGUCAACUUUGUUUUUUCAAGCAAAAAAAAUUUUCCCGUUGAUUUAAGAAAUAGUUUAUCUGAAAUAGUUCAAAAUCUACACUUUGUAUUGUUAUGUAGAGGCACUAAGGAGCAAUAUAAUAAUUAUGUGGAUAUAUUUUUAAAGAAAAUCGUUAUCAAUAGCAAUACAUUUUACCAAAAUUGCCUUUCAAACGCUUUAAUAGAAAUUUUCGAACGUGAAGCUACAGCUUUAAUUACUUGGAGCAAGAUUUAUGGAAAAAACGUGACAGCCAGCGCCGUUGUUUUGAAAUACAUUUAUGAGAACUGGGAACAGUUGAGAACAAAAUUGAGAGACAAAUCAUUCGGCGAAUCGCUCAACAACAUAAAGAUGGUUAAUGAAGAAUUGUCCACUAGAAAGAAAAAAGAAGAGUCUUUUGAAGAUGCCGUGGAAUAUGUAGAGAAAAUUCAAGAGAAAUUGGUAGUCAAGAAGAAGAGCAGUUGCUCAUGUAGUCUGUUUUUCGUCGCCCUUUUAGGUAUUUUGGCUGUAACCUUUGGCCCCUGUACAUAUAAAUAUUUAAAUGAGGAGUGCUUGCAAAAGGGUACUAAAAGUGAUGUCUGCUAUUACACCAAUGUUGUGGCAAACAAGUCCCAGGCGUUGUGGGUUAAUAUAGACAACAAUAUUGAAAGCCAGUUUCCAGAGUACAAACAGAAAAUCAAUGAUAUUUCUGAGCCUUAUGUAAAACUGGCCAAAGACUUGAGUUUAAUCACCUAUAACUUGGCUGUGAAUGUUAAAGAGUAUGCAGUUGAAAAGUACCCUGUCGUAGUUCAAGCAAUUGAUUCCUAUGCACCAGGCUUGAUUGAGCAAUCACAGAAAACUGCUUACUCUGUUUGGCAAAUGUCUGUUGUUUAUUACACAAGAGGUGUUGAUUACUUGAAGAACGAAGUAUUUGUUGGUCAGCUGUCCCCUGAGAAUAUGCAGAGAGCAGUUACAGAUGCAUUAAAAUUGACCCAACAGAAGGCUUCUGAAUACAUUUCGUGGCUGUAUGAAAAAGUGCAGACUAGCAUCAAAUGAGGAUAUGACAUUUUAUUAGGCAUUUUUCAAUUUAAUUAUAUCCAAGAUCAUUAGACCACCUCUACCAUAAUUAACAAAAAAAAAAAAACAAUUUAUGAAGACUUAUUGUCACAUGUAUUGUAUUUAUUAUAUAAAUUUGUUGACCAUCUUUUUAUAUAUUAAUUUAUUUGUAUUUGUAUAAAAGUCUCAUUUUUGUUAUGCAAUAUAUAAUUUUGAUUAA